AUGUCAGGACAUGUGGGCCACCAGCUGAGGCUGUCAGCCACGAGAAUACGGCCUCACCUUGGCCGGCGUCUUCAACAUGAGUUUCACCCUCACCUUUUUCCCUCCAGAAUACGGCUAUCUGCUGCGAGUCAGAAGAGGAAUUUCGGCGUGGCAGAUGCAGCAGGAUACUUCCUCAAAGGCUCAGAGCUCCUCAUUACCAACGUCCACGAGGUCACAGUAACGCCAUGGUUCAUCUCACUUCCCCUAGUCGCUGUCGUGGUCAGCGCCUUGAUCAGGACACCGUUGACCCUCUACACCAAUAGUGUGCAGCGGAGGAAAGCAAAGCUCCUUCCUUUGAUUCAGGCACAAUAUGCGCAGAUUGGGCUUGGUCUGAGGCGGAAGGCGGUGCCGAAUGUCAUGGACCGGGUCACAAAGGCAGUCAAGGGGAGAAGCAAGAAGAUGUUCAGGGCCUUCUCCAUCAACGAGAGCAGGUCCUCCUGGGGCGGCCUUAUUGGCCUGCCUGUGUUCCUAAGCAACCUCGAGAUCAUCAGAGAGAUGUGCGGAGGACCUCGGGGUCUGUUGGGAGGCUUGAUGUACGGAUGGCAGAACCAAGACGGGACGGCAACGACGGCCUCAAACACAGCAGCUGAAGGAGCUAUACCGCCGUCUACUACGCCGGCCAUCGGCGCUGAAACAUCUGUCGUCGACAUCAGCGAUCUCGCAUCUUCGACAACGACUCCAGACGUCUUCACUCCGCUCGCUAUGGAGCCCACUUUCGCAUCGGGCGGCUGCCUCUGGUUCCCAGACCUGCUCGCGCCGGACCCGUACCACGUUCUCCCCUUCGCCGUCUCAGGUCUGCUUCUCAUGCAUAUAUUGCCCGAGACUGAAGCCGAGCUGCGCAAUCUGUUCGGGAUGCGGCCCCCGGCAGGGACGCGCAACCUCGUCGUGGCCGGGGGGCGGUCGCGUGGCAUGCUGGCCUUCCGCCGGGCCAUGAUAGUGAUGGCGCUCGCUAUCGGUCCGGUGACCAUGAACCUCCCUUCCGCGCUGCACCUUUAUUGGGCUUCUUCUGUUGGGUGCAGUCUUGUUGUGACCAAGGGCAUCAGGAGGCUCUUGCCCAUACCGAAGGUGCCGGUGAAGCCUUGUGGGGGUCUUGAGAUUCCGUUGAUACGACCAAAGACGAAUUGA